AUGUCGGCCGGCGUGCGCAACACGGCUAUAAAGCGCAUUCAGGGCGAUGUGCGUGAGAUGAUGACCAACCCGAGCGAUCAAUACGCCGCGGCCCCACUCGAUACGAAUAUGUUCGACUGGCACUUUACGCUACGUGGUCCGCGCGACACAGAGUUUGAAGGCGGUGUUUACCACGGGCGCAUCAUCCUGCCGUCUGACUACCCUUUCAAGCCACCAAACAUAAUGUUGCUUACUCCUAAUGGGCGCUUUGAAGUAAGAAAGAAAAUUUGUCUCAGUAUAUCUGCGUAUCACCCGGAAGAGUGGCAACCGGCGUGGGGUGUUCGACUGAUUUUAGAGGCUUUGAUCAGCUUUAUGCCUACAAAAGGUGAGGGUGCUAUUGGUGCAUUAGACUUCUCUGCUGCUGAGCGCAAAAGACUGGCGAAGCUGUCGAUCGAUUAUACAUGUGAAACGUGUGGACGUGUUCUAGACUUGCUACCAGAGCUAAGAGCAACAAAUGCUGAUGAAGAUGCAGCGAAGAAACCUUCGAAAUAUGCUGAGCAGAUUGCUCAGCUGCACAUGCACAGUUUGGAGAGUGCGCCACCAGUUACAGCGAAUGAUCAAGAAAAAGAUGUGACGACUAUGGUUGAUGCAAUCAGCAAACAGGAAGAAUGUGAGAGCGCCGAUUCCGAACAGUCAGCUAUAAAAGAGAGGCAACCGAUUGAAAUAAAGCCAACAGGGACAGAGAAGGCUUCAGCGACCACUUCAGGUGCUGAAAUUUCAUCGCACAUUGCUCCCACAAACCAAGAAUCUGUUGAGACUGUUGCUACAGAAGCUGCACCAGAAGUCCUUGAUGUUCAUCAAACUGUCGACACUCCACUUGCUGUGCAAAACAAUACUCAGGCGCGUGAACCGGAUAGCGUCGACAUCUUUUUGCAUUAUCUUACCGUUGGCAUCGUCGUAGCAUUGUUCGCGCUGGUUUAUAAAAAGCUCCUGCAGACGUAUGGAGUGUUACAAUAG